GUCACACAAGAACUGAACAUUCCACUGUGGAAGUUCCAAACAUCAGCUUCUGCUACCAGACUGCUGACAAAAAAACAGGACUGAGACUGCCUCAGAGGGUAUGUCUCCACAGCAAAAGCUGUGCAACGGCUAGCCUACCCAAGCAACCUUGAAUACAUCAGGCGCAGCUUUUGCCAUGGGGUGGGGUGAAAAUACCUCAAUGGACUAUUAUGAAGACAACAGUGAAUCAAACUUCACUUUUGACUACACUCAGUUUGAAAUGCUUUGUGAAAAAGAGGAGGUGAGAAAUUUCACUAAAUUGUUCCUACCUGUGUUUUAUUCACUGGCUUUCAUUGUGGGAAUUGCAGGAAAUUCAUUAGUGGUGGCAAUCUAUGCCUACUGCAAGAAACUAAAGACUAAGACAGAUGUUUAUAUCAUCAAUUUGGCAAUUGCUGAUCUGUUACUGCUAUUCACCCUCCCUUUCUGGGCUGCAAAUGCAGUCCAUGGAUGGGGGCUUGGAAACAUCAUGUGCAAGGUCACUUCUGCUUUAUACACCAUGAACUUCAGCUCUAGCAUGCAGUUUCUGGCUUGUAUCAGUGUGGAUAGAUAUAACGCCAUUUCCAAACCCCAAAGUCACCAAAGAGGUGGAAAGCAAUGCAGCGUAACUUGUAUCUGUGUCUGGUUGGCUGCCAUUUUGUUGAGCAUUCCUGAACUGAUUUUUAACACAGUCAAGAAAAACAGUGACCGGUAUGGAUGCUUUCCUGUAUUUCCAAUGGACCUGGGAACACUCCUUAAAGCAACCAUUCAAAUCCUGGAAGUUACGCUAGUGUUUGUGUUACCCUUCCUCGUCAUGCUGACCUGCUACUCAGCUAUUGCCAGAGCACUCGUUAGGUCUCCAAACGUUCAAAAAUCUAGGCCCCUCAAAGUUCUGCUGACAGUAGUGGCUGUUUUCAUUAUCACUCAGCUGCCCUACAAUAUUGUCAAGUUCUGGCGAGCCAUAGACGUCAUCUACUUGCUGAUUACAGACUGUGACAUGAGUAAAACCAUAGAUGUUGCCCUCCAAAUAACUAAGAGUAUAGCCUUGUUUCACAGCUGCCUGAACCCAAUCUUGUACGUCUUUAUGGGAGACUCUUUUAAAAUGCACAUUACGAAAAUAGCCAAAAAUUUUGGAUAUUGGAGGAGAAGUCGCAAUAUACCAACCGAAGAGAUUUCUAUGAAUUGUGACGGCCACACAGAAGAAAUAAGUAGCUUUACUAUAUAGCAGCUGUAGCACCCUCUCUAACCAGUGUAACCAGAAGGGAACAAUUAUAAUGCAUCUGAGAGCUAUUUCCUCCUUGAUUAAACUUAAACAUCCAUGUUACUCUGCAAAUCAAAUCUGAAGUGAUGUUCUGACACAUGAACCAGCCAAGAUGUUGCAAAGCAGUUCAAAAUGGAAUAAGACCAAAAACCAUAUACUAAAGGUAAUGGAAACAACAGAAACAGAGUUCAGCUUGAACGCUUGAAAAAAGUGGGAUUUAAAGGGUCACAGUGCUACGCCAUUAAUUAGACGAAGAGUGAAUGGACUACAUACCGGUAUGCUAAUCACAACAAAUAUAUACUUAAUAUGUAAAAAGGAAAAAAAAAUAUGAUGGCACUGAAUUUUGUACCCCAGAGUUAAUAAUCUUCAGUCCUUUAAAAUGUAACACUCCAGAGUUGCUUCUCAAAACUGUUUCAGGUCUUCCUAUUGAUUUAAAAUAUUUGUCUGAAAUUGCAACUCCGUUUUUCCUCAGCUUUCACUUCACAAAUGGCCUGUGAGGCUUGAGCUGAGGAAAUAGUUCAUCUCUGGUAUUUCACAGAGGCAGCAGUAAACAGCAAGCUAUGGUCCAGUGUUUUAUGAUUCCAAAUAUAUGUGGCAUGUUUAAAAGAGUUCCUUUUCUGUAACAACACAGAAUGCCUUUUAAUUAUAUUCUGCUUGCACUAGAUUGCAAUGAGACCUAUUUCCUAUUAUAGGCACAUGCCAAAUCUUUGGUUUUAAAUCCAUAUUCAUAUGAGAUUACUCAGAGCCUCAUUUUGGUCGUUUCCUGGAAGGCAAUUCACAUUUCCUGUGACCUCUAUAAAAUGCUUUGGGAACUGAUGUAACAACCAGCAAUGAAAAUGUCUUACAUUUUGCAGAUGACACUUAUGACCUAAUUUUGAACAUGUAGCCCUAUACUGUGUUAUAGAAAAUUAGCUUUGAUUUGUAAAUGUAUUGUAUGCCUUUAUGGAUAUUUUGCAGGUGCACUUCAGGCACCAAUCUCUGUAGCUUUAGCACACAGAAUAUAAAUAACUGGCUGAAGCAAGAGAGCAUAUUUAUACUCAAUAGUUCAUGAGUGGAUACAGUCAUGGUCCUUAAGGAAGGAAUUAGUGAGAUUAAAAGUACUGGCCUGUGAUAGCUAGAAGGUAGACAAUUUUUUUAAUUUGUAAUUGUUACAUUUAAGUGUUUAAAGAAUACUCAGUUUCCUUCUACUCUCUGCAAUCUGUUUACAUGAGUUUCACUGCGAGGAAGAUUUUGGUAACAAAGGUGGAUCUAAUUGGCUACACACCCCACAUUACAACAGUCUCAAGACAUUCAUAUGUAUUUGAUGCAGAAAAUAAGGUAAUGAAUGCAGGCCCACUGAAUUAAGGAAGGUGGCUAAUCAGUCAGCAAAUCCUGUGACUUCAUCCCUGUGAGCACAGGGCAAGGUAGGUGGUCAUUUGGUUACAACAUAAGCUCCCUGUCCUAGGAAGAAGGGAAAACACAAAAAAUGAGGAGGCUAGAGCAGGAAACAGAUUGGGCUCACGAGAGGAGGAAGAUAGAUAUGUACAUAGGCGAAAGAUGAAAGGCCGGCUUUGUGGCCCCCAGUGUAGGGAAACUAAACCAUUAUUCAACAGAUCAUUGCCUGUGCUGCUGCAAGACAGUUUUGCCAGUCAGUUUUACUGGUGAUAUGCUAAAACGGAAGUGUUGGUAUUAUGAAAUUAAUCAGUGUUGUGCCCAGUAGCUAAUGUUGAGAGUUUUUUUAAAAUAUAUAAAUAAAACAACCUUUAUUUAUACUGAUAAAGCCUCACUCUAGUGAAACUAACAGGCAUUGAUAUAUCUAUUGUUCUUCAUCUGUAAUAUGCAUGUAUUGUGGGCUAGACUCUCGACUGGCGUAUACUGGCAUACCUCCAUGAUUUACAGAGGAUCUGGCCCUGUGUAUUUUAAAAGCAGUGUAAUAGAUAUAUUAACAAGAAUUUAAGUCUAUACAGAAGAAAGCGCUCUAAGGCAACCUCCACACAAGGGGCCUGGCAUGUUCACGUGAAGUAGAUGCUAUGGUAAUUACUACCUAUAAAUAAAUAAAUACGGUGAUACUGUAAAAUGGUGGCCCCGAUGUAUUCACUUCUGGUUUUAAUUAUAUCCUUGCUUUUUAUUAGAUUUAUUAUAUAUAGAGAAGUAAAAAUGUCUGCCACAC